AUGGUAUCCUCCGCCAACCUCGCCUUCCACCCGGGCGGCAGCUCCAGCCUCAACGACGCGCACGUCCCCGGCUCCGACUGGGGCGUGUACUCGCAGCCAUCUCUAUCCACAGACCCGAGCGGGGACCAGAUCCGCGGGGUGCUCGUGCGGCUCUCGGCGGCGGUGGAGCGCACCACGCCGCUGAUCCUGCGCGCGACGUACCUGCACGGCUGCCUAUCGUCGGUCACGCGGCUGGCGCGGAACCGCAGCCCGACGCAGCCGGACCAGGUCCCGCUCGAAGAUCCGAAGGUCCUGCUCCCCGGCGUGUACAGGGAGACGCGCCGGCUGUUGGGCGCGCUCCGCGCCGUAAGCCGGGAGAUGAAGGCGCUGCAUAGAGAGUGGGGGUUGAUGCAUUUGCUCGGCGUGUUCGAUACGGUCUAUGGUGUCAAGCUCAGCUAUGCGCUGGUGCAGGGCGGCGUGGAUGCGUUGUCGGUGAGGACGGAGGGGGAGCGCAGGAAGGGCCUAAAUAGGCAGGGCACCAGGUGGCUAGGGGAGUGGGAGGCUAAUGCGUGCAGGCUGGCGGAGGCCGAGGCGACGUUGACGCUGACGCUGGGAUGGGCGGGCGCGGAGCUGCGCAGGCUCGAGAAGUAUGUGGUUGUUUUUCCUGGUCCCGAGAGGAGGUGGGAGUGGCGGGAUCAGACGGAAGGGCAGGGGCAGAGAGGCGCUCGGUAUCUCCAUGAUGCGGAGAGGGAUCCGGAUUUUGAGCUGACGGAAAACGAGGGAAAGCCGGAAUUUGAGGAUCUCACGGGAUUUUGGAAGACUCGGCCAUCCCAAUCAAUAACCGAGCCUGAACAUUUCAAGCUCGAAUGA